AUGAGCAGCCAGCCCGAGCCUGAGCCCAGCGACGAGCUCUUCCGCCAGCUGAAGGAACUGUACAGCUUCUUCAAGGUCCCGUCGGACAAGCGCAGUCGCGAUCAGUGCACGCCCGACGAGUACGAGCGCAAGAAGGCCGCGCACACGCAAAAUACGGCGAUCGCCCGGGCACCAGCCUCCUUCGCUCGAUGCUGGGGCAUCCUGUCGCCCGAAAAGCGCCAGCGCGCGCUCGAACUUCUCCUCGGGCACUACUGCGACACGAGGGCCGCCGCGCAGCGCAACUUUAAGUUUAUCAGCUUUGACCGCCUGCGCAUCGACAUGCUGUGCGUCCUCACCUCGCUCAAGAUCGACCCCGUCCGGCGCUUCAACACGCUCUUGCACCACCUCGUCGUGCUCUACGACGCGCCCAUCGACGAGCGCGAGUUCGAGGCGUUCAGAGACCUGCGCCACAAGCUCGGCCCCGAGCGCAGGGUGCUCUACGACUUGCGAGCCCAUCCUCGCGACCUGAGCGCUUCGUUCGACGCCGCCGAGGCAGUCAUCAACAGGCUCAUCGCAGAAGGCCAGGAGCGCGUUGAGCAGGCCAACGCUGCCCGCGUUCGGCAUCUCGUGCCGGUCAAGGCGGCGUGGGCGCUCCUGCACGAGCCCGCCUCGCUCGUGUUCGGGCCAGCCAGCGUCGCGCAGGCCGCUAUCGAGGUCUACAUGUCGCGCCUCGGCCCAGGUCAGCAAGCUGCCGCCGUCGCUCGACUGCGCGACCUCCUGUUCGAGGCCUGCGAGGACCGUGCGCUGCACGGAGAAGCGCUCGACGCUGCCGAUCAACUCGACGAGGUCCUCGGUACGCUGCGCGCAGGCGACAUCGGCCACGCGAUUUGUGUCGCCUGCCUCACGUGGCUGCUCCGCUUCUACGAGUCGCGGGACGCGUCCGAGGCCGUCGUCGAGCUCAAGGGCGUGCUCGACAGGUUCUGCGGCGCCGAGUGGACGCUCGAGUUCCCGAAGCUCGCCCUCACGCAGCAGUGGUACGCCGCCGCCACGGUCAAGGCGCUCCUUCGCCACGUCCACGAGCGCACCGACCGGCAGAUCCUCGCCCAGGUCGCGAGGAUCUUUCCGCUCGACUCGCCUGGUACCGACAGCUGGGCCCACGCGCGCCCUGUGCAGCCUGCCGAACACCCUCCCGUCCUCUCGCUCGGUCACCGGCCCUCGACGCAUGGCGACCUGGGCGAGCUCGACUCGACGACGAGCGUGCCCGUGAGCCGAUACUUCCCGCAGUCGAGGCGCGUUGGCUGGUAG